AACCCAACGAGGUGGACUAUGGAGUGCCCCGAGGGACGGCUCCCCGUUUCUUCAGAAAAUGAUUCAACACCAACAGUUUCAACAUCGGAAGUAACUAGCCAACAAGAGCCCCAAAUUCCUGUCGACCGUGGGUCUGAAACCACCUGUGAAAGCAGCGCCGACAUUGCUGGCGACCAAGGCACCCAGAUUCCUGCCAACCAGGACGCUCAAACGGAUGCGGACGGCAGCGCCCAGGCUGCUGCCCAGGCCCCAGAAAACUUCCAGGAAGGGAAAGACAUGAGUAAAAGCCAGGAUGAAGUUCCUGAUGAAGUUGAGAACCAGUUUAUAUUGCGUCUGCCUCUGGAACACGCUUGUACUGUCAGGAACCUAGUACGUUCUCAAAGUGUCAAGAUGAAGGAUAAACUAAAAAUUGACUUACUGCCUGAUAGGCACCAUGCAGUUGUUGAAGUAGAAGAUGUUCCACUAGCUGCUAAGCUGGUUGAUUUGCCUUGUGUUAUUGAAAGCCUGAGAACGCUUGAUAAAAAAACUUUUUAUAAAACAGCAGACAUUUCUCAGAUGCUUGUGUGCACUACUGAUGGUGAUACCCACCCUUCUCCAGAAGAAUCAGCUGCCUCUGCUGAUCCUAAUAUAACCAGGAAAAAAGAAAGGGGGAGAGAGAAAAAAAAUGUCUGGCAGCAUGGCAUUACUCCACCACUUAAGAAUGUCAGAAAGAAAAGGUUCCGGAAAACACAAACAAAGGUCCCUGAUGUCAAAGAAAUGGAAAAAAGCAGCCUUCCUGAGUACAUUGAAUCUCCAGAUGUGGAAAAUGAAGUAAGGAGGCUGCUGCGUUCAGAUGCUGAAGCCGUAAGUACCCGUUGGGAAGUCGUUGCUGAAGAUGGAACCAAGGAAAUAGAAAGUCAAGGCUCCAUCCCAGGAUUUGUGAUAUCCUCGGGAAUGAGCAGCCACAAGCAGGGUCAUACCUCAUCAGAAUAUGAUAUGCUUCGGGAGAUGUUCAGUGAUUCUAGAAGUAACAAUGAUGAGGAUGAGAAUGAUGAAGAUGAGGAUGAGGAUGAUGAAGAUGAGGAUGAGGAUGAGGAUGAGGAUGAGGAUGAAGAUGAAGAUGAAGAUGAAGAUGAAGAUGAAGAAGAAGAGGAGGAAGAUUAUUCUGAAGAGUAUCUGGAAAGGCAGCUUCAGGCCAAGUUUAUUGAAUCUGGCCAGUAUAGGGCAAAUGAAGGUACCAGUUCAAUAGUCAUGGAAAUUCAGAAGCAGAUUGAUAAAAAGGAGAAAAAGCUCCAUGAAAUUCAGAAUAAAGCACAAAGACAGAAGGAUCUCAUCAUGAAAGUGGAAAACCUGACACUCAAGAAUCAUUUUCACUCUGUGCUGGAGCAGCUUGAGAUACAGGAAAAAAGAAAAAACGAGAAGCUCAUUUCCCUACAGGAACAAUUGCAGCGUUUUCUGAAGAAGUGAGGUGAGCCAUUGGCCUGGCACACAAACCUUGGAGCCACCAUCCAGACUGAAGACUGGAUGAAACUGUGCAUGUUUCUGUCCCUUCCAUUGCCUUAUGUUGAAUCAGUUAUAUUUAUCUGUACCUUCUUUGCUACUUAUAAUACGCUCAAAGUUUGUAGUCAUGUAGAAAAGGCCAGUAUAAAAAUACAGUAGACUUAGAUACCCCACACGACCAUGAGACUUUCUCUUUGUCAAUUUGGGAAUUAUUAUUAUUAAUUUAGAAAUGGGGUCUUGUUAGGUUGCCCAGGCCGAAUUCAGACUCCUGGGCUUAA